GCAGACGGCGCUGGUGGGCCAUCGUUAAGGCGCCGGAGGACGUUCCCCGCGGCCGGAGCCAUGGAGAUGCCUCUGCCGCCCGACGACCAGGAGCUGCGGAAUGUCAUCGACAAGCUGGCCCAGUUCGUGGCCCGCAACGGGCCCGAGUUCGAGAAGAUGACGAUGGAGAAGCAGAAAGACAACCCGAAGUUCUCGUUCCUGUUCGGGGGCGAGUUCUACAGCUACUACAAGUGCAAGCUGGCGCUGGAGCAGCAGCAGCUCAUCUGUAAGCAGCAGGCGCCGGAGCUGGAGCCGCCCCUGCCGCAGCCGCCGCCGGCCCAGGGCACCCCGUCCAUGGACGAGCUCAUCCAGCAGAGCCAGUGGAACCUCCAGCAGCAGGAGCAGCACCUGCUGGCGCUCAGACAGGAGCAGGUCACGGCGGCCGUGGCCCACGCCGUGGAGCAGCAGAUGCAGAAGCUGCUGGAGGAGACGCAGCUGGACAUGAACGAGUUCGACAACCUGCUGCAGCCCAUCAUCGACACCUGCACCAAGGACGCCAUCUCGGCCGGCAAGAACUGGAUGUUCAGCAACGCCAAGUCGCCGCCGCACUGCGAGCUGAUGGCGGGCCACCUGCGCAGCCGCAUCACAGCCGAGGGCGCGCACUUCGAGCUGCGGCUGCACCUCAUCUACCUCAUCAACGAUGUGCUGCACCACUGGGCCCUGACGCGCGGAAGGUCUCUCCCUCACAGCCAGCGCAAGCAGGCCCGGGAGCUGCUGGCCGCCCUGCAGAAGGUCGUCGUGCCCAUCUACUGCACCAGCUUCCUGGCCGUGGAGGAGGACAAGCAGCAGAAGAUCGCCAGGCUCCUGCAGCUCUGGGAGAAGAACGGCUACUUCGACGACUCCAUCAUCCAGCAGCUGCAGAGCCCGGCGCUGGGGCUCGGCCAGUACCAGGCCACGCUCAUCACCGAGUACUCGGCGGUGGUGCAGCCGGUGCAGCUGGCCUUCCAGCAGCAGAUCCAGACCCUGAAGACGCAGCACGAGGAGUUCGUCAACAGCCUGGCCCAGCAGCCGCCGCCGCAGCCACAGCCACAGCCACAGCUCCAGAUGCCACAGAUGGAGGCCGACGUGAAGGCCACGCCGCCGCCGCCCGCUCCGCCUCCGGCUCCCGCCCCGGCUCCGGCCCUGCCGCCAACCACCCAGCCCGGUGCGCGGCCCCCGGCCCCCUCGGCGGGCUGCCCCGGGGCCCCGGCCACCCCAGCAGCCACCCAGCCUGAUGACAGCAAGCCGGCCAUCCAGAUGCCUGGCUCCUCGGACUACGACUCCGCGGGGGGCGUCCAGGACCCUGCAGCCGCUGGCCCCCGGGGCCCCGGGCCCCACGACCAGAUCCCACCCAACAAGCCGCCAUGGUUUGACCAGCCCCACCCCGUCGCUCCCUGGGGCCAACAGCAGCCUCCGGAGCAGCCCCCCUACCCGCACCACCAGGGCGGACCGCCCCACUGCCCGCCCUGGGGCAACAGCCACGAGGGCAUGUGGGGCGAGCAGCGCGGGGACCCCGGCUGGAACGGCCAGCGCGACGCGCCCUGGGGCAACCAGCCCGACCCCAACUGGAACAGCCAGUUCGAGGGCCCCUGGAACAACCAGCACGAGCAGCCGCCCUGGGCCGGCGGCCAGCGCGAGCCGCCCUUCCGCGUGCAGCGGCCGCCGCCCUUCCGCGGGCCCUUCCCGCCACACCAGCAGCACCCGCAGUUCAACCAGCCGCCGCACCCGCACAACUUCAACCGCUUCCCGCCACGCUUCAUGCAGGACGACUUCCCGCCGCGCCACCCCUUCGAGCGGCCGCCCUACCCGCACCGCUUCGACUACCCGCAGGGGGACUUCCCCGCCGACAUGGGCCCCCCGCACCACCACCCCGGCCACCGCAUGCCGCACCCCGCCAUCAAUGAGCACCCACCCUGGGCGGGGCCCCAGCACCCCGACUUCGGCCCACCCCCCCACGGCUUCAACGGGCAGCCCCCCCACAUGCGGCGGCAGGGCCCCCCGCACAUCAACCACGACGACCCCAGCCUCGUCCCCAACGUGCCCUACUUCGACCUCCCCGCCGGCCUCAUGGCGCCGCUCGUGAAGCUGGAAGACCACGAGUACAAGCCCCUGGACCCCAAGGACAUCCGCCUGCCGCCCCCCAUGCCGCCCAGCGAGAGGCUGCUGGCGGCCGUGGAGGCUUUCUACAGCCCGCCCUCGCAUGACAGGCCCAGGAACAGCGAAGGCUGGGAGCAGAACGGCCUGUACGAGUUCUUCCGGGCCAAGAUGCGGGCCCGGCGGCGGAAGGGCCAGGAGAAGAGGAACAGCGGCCCCUCCAGGUCCCGCAGCAGGUCCAAGAGCCGGGGCCGCUCGUCCUCCCGCUCGCACUCGCGCUCCUCCAAGUCGUCGGGCUCCUACUCCCGCUCGCGCUCGCGCUCCUGCUCCCGCUCCUACUCGCGCUCCAGGUCCAGGAGCCGGAGCCGGUCCCGCUCGUCCAGAAGCCGCUCCCGCUCCCGCUCGCGCUCCCGCUCCAAGUCCUACUCCCCGGGAAGGAGGCGCCGCUCGCGCUCCCGGAGCCCCACGCCACCUAACCGUCUUCGUUGUAGCUCCUCGGCCGGCCUGGGCGCUAACUCGGCGCCCCCCAUCCCUGACUCGAGGCUCGGGGAGGAGAACAAGGGACAUCAGAUGCUCGUGAAGAUGGGCUGGAGCGGCUCCGGCGGCCUGGGCGCGAAGGAGCAGGGCAUCCAGGACCCCAUCAAAGGGGGCGACGUGCGCGACAAGUGGGACCAGUACAAGGGCGUGGGCGUGGCGCUGGACGACCCCUACGAGAACUACCGGCGCAACAAGAGCUACUCCUUCAUCGCCCGCAUGAAGGCCAGGGACGAGUUCUCCACGUUCGGGGCCCGGAAGGAGGAGAAGGAAGACCUGACGCACGCCUAGGCAGGAGCGCGCUCCGAGGGCGUGGGACGGCCCCCACCCCCACGCGGGAAUCCUCACCUGCAGGAGGGCCCCUGGCGGUGCGGGGUGGCCUGGGGGGUGGCCGGGCUGAACCGGGCGCCGGCGGCCGGCGGGGUCUCCACCGUGGC